AUGGAGGUCGCUCGUGCUGCUGGAGGUGCUGCUGGAGCUGGAGCUGCUGGAGACGCUACUGGUGCUGGAGCUGCUGGAGGCGCUGCUGGUGCUGGAGGUGCUGCUGGUGCUGGAGCUACUGGAGGUACUGCUGGUGCUGGAGCUGCUGGAGCUGCUGGUUCUGGAGGUGCUCGUACUGGAGGUACUGGAGCUGCUGCGGGGGUUGGAGCUGGAGGUACUGGAGCUGCUGGUGUUGCUGGUGGUGCUGCGGGAGUUGGUGCUGGAGACCCUGGGGCUGAGGGUGCUGGUGCUGUCUCUGCUGGUUCAGGAGGUGCUGAGCGGCCGCGGCCGUACUACGUUCCGCUCCUUCAGCAGGUUCUUGGCCUCCCGCCCUCCACUGGUCCUUCUCCUCCCCUACUGAGUCCACCACCUGUCCAGUCGCAGUCGCAGUUACCGCUUGCCUCUCCACUGCCUGGUCCUUCUCCCUACGCUGGACCGACUAGAGGUCUUACAGAGCGUCGUGAGCCUGAGUCUCGUCCUGCGUCGCCAAGGUCUCGUCCUGAGUCGCCUGAGGCUCGUCCUGAGUCGCCUGUCCGCGCUGUCCGCGCUGGUCGUCGAGCUCCGCGUCAGCGUCCUCCUCCUGUACUUGGCACUCACUAUAUGACUCUGCGUCCUUCCACUGCUCCACAGCGUGUCCCUCUGCCGUCUCCUCCUGCGUCCUCUCUUCCUGACGUUGCUGACCCGCCGUCAGACCUUGCUAGUGCUGCCAGUCCUACUGUCACGCGUCUCCUCGCCACUGUUGUCACUGAACCUUCCUUUGAGUCCUCUGCUGCGUCUGCUCUAGUCGCUGAGCUUGUUGACUUUGCUGCCGCCUGUCGUCUAGACUACGCCGCUAGCCUUGUUGCUGAGUCUGGGUCUGUCUGUCCUCCGUCCAUCGGGGGUGAGUGUGCUCUUGGCACGGACGUCCUUGAGGACAGACAGGAGGAGUUUGAGUGCUUUGCUGCUGCUUUACCUCAUCUCGUGUCCAUGCUGAUUGCCCCUGAGGGAGACCCGGAUGCACCAGACAUCCCGACCCCACGCUCUUACGCAGAGGCGAUGGAGGGUCCCUACUCCUCUCAGUGGCAGACAGCCAUGGACGCAGAGAUGGCUUCCUGGAAGUCCACAGGCACCUACGUCGACGAGGUUCCCCCACCUGGGGCGAACAUCGUCAGUGGCAUGUGGAUUUUCAGGGUGAAGCGGCCGCCGGAUUCUCCGCCUGUCUUCAAGGCGCGUUACGUUGCACGAGUCUUCAGUCAGCGAGAGGGAGUUGACUUCUUCCAGACCUUCUCCCCGACCCCGAAGAUGACUACUCUUCCGGUUCUGCUGCACGUCGCCGCUCAGCGUGACUACGAGCUCCACUCUCUUGACUUCAGCACUGCGUUCCUACAGGGCAGCCUGCACGAGGAGAUCUGGCUGCGCCGCCCACCUGGCUUCACUGGGUCGUUCCCUCCUAGUACCCAGUGGAGCCUCCGGCGGCCAGUCUACGGUCUCCGCCAGGCACCCCGUGAGUGGCACGACACACUGAGGACUACUCUUGCUGCUCUUGGGUUUGCUACUUCUACUGCUGACCCGUCGCUGUUUCUACGCACCGACACCACUCUGCCGCCGUUCUACGUUCUCGUGUACGUAGACGACUUGGUCUUUGCUACUGCUGACACUGAGGCACUCGCCCACGUUAAGUCGGAGCUCCAGAAGAGACACACGUGCACAGACCUGGGUGAGCUGACAAGCUAUCUUGGCUUGCGGAUCACCCGGGACAGAGCACAGCGCACCAUCACCUUGACUCAGUCACACAUGGUGCAGCAGGUCCUUCAGCGCUUCCGCUUCACGUACUCCUCGCCUCAGCCCACUCCUCUGCCUACCGGUCACUCGCUCUCAGCUCUGCCUUCGGAUGAGUCCGUAGAGCCGAGUGGCCCCACGCUAUGUCGCUCCUGGCCGUCACCGGAAGGAGCACAUGGAUGCCGCUAA